GCCACCGCGAACUGGAGCAGCCAAAACGAAGCGCGGGAGUUAGCACAAAAGCUCCAAAAACGCUGCAGACCCGCAAUAAAUACUCGGUGAAAUAGAGAGAGCGGAGAAAGACAGAGAGCGGGCCGAGAGAGAGGGCCGCUGAGAGAACCCAUUCGAGAGAGAGACUUUCCGAGAUAGAUUGUUAUUUGGCGACAGUCCCCGCACAGAAUUAUCUGCUCAGUGCAAAAGUUGUACUCGUGCUGCGUAGCUCGUGUGGGCAAGGCCGUUUCUCGACACGCCCACCCACCGCUCGUGCCCGUCGCCGCACCCGCGUGCCCCCUGCUACGCCCCCAGCUGGGAGCAGCAGCUGCUUUUCAGUGAAGUGCGUGCGCGGCAAUGGAAUUGCCGCCGGUUGAAAAAAUCGUCCUGUGCAAAGUUAUUUAUGUUAUGUAUAAAACAUAUACCACUUUUUGCAUAAUACGAAAACUAAAACUAAACAUUUAAGCGUCGCGUAAAUAUACUAUUUACUUUCGCGCAAUUCCCAUCCCCCUUUAUCAACAAAGCACCAGCCAGUCCUCGUUAUCAGCAAACGAAACGCGACAAAAACAAAAAAAACGUUUCAGUGCGACACAAAAAACAAAAAAGAAAAAAGAAGUAAAAACCGAAAUGAAAAGAAAAUGCAUUUGAAAGCGUGAAUGUGUGUGUUAAGCCAAAAAGCCACAGCAACUUUUUCAACAAAAAAUAAUUGGUCGCUUCAAUCAAAGGGAAAAAUCAACUAUUAACCGGCGAGUGGACGCAUUUAAAGCCAUCGAAAAAGACAAACAAGAAGGCACGCGUGCAUGAAGUGAAAUCUGGCGGCUAACCGGCCGACGAGUCUGGGCCAUCAUCAAUUACCCCCUAUCCUCGCACCUGGCCAUUAAAGUCAAGGAGCGAGUGGCGAAAGUGUGUGGAGCAACAGGUUGGCCGGGCAAAUCCCAGGACUCCAGCACUUCGGGCCCAUAAGUGGGCGGGAGUACGUGACUUACUCAGCGGACGCAGCAGGAUCCUGAGCCCGGUUAACGAGGCGACCGGAAGAGGGAGGAGCAGGAUUGGCCCGCUAUGAUUUCAUCCACGGCACAGUGAGCAGCAGCAACAUGACAGAUGUGUCAUCGCCAGGUGGCGCCGCGGCAGCUCCGGUUGAAAUAACCACCAGCAGCACUACAGCACCGCUGACCAAUGGCGCCAACAAGACGGCCACGUCGACGGCAACUGGAGCAACCCCUUCAAUCCCCUCCAGCAGCUCCGGUGGCAACCAGGCCAAGCUGGAGCAUCACCACCGGCAGAGCAAUAACAAUAGACCCACGGUAAAUCCGAGUUCCGAAUCGAAGCUGCGAUCUCCAGCCGGCGAAAGUGAAAGGCUGAUGGCACCUGCCGGCACUUCGCCAUCCCCAUCCACAUCCACAUCCAUUUCCACAUCGCCAUCCCCAGCUCAAGCCAGUAUCCAAACUCAAACGAGCCAGCAGGAGAGGCUGGGCAAGCCGAGUCCCACGACAUCUCAGCAGGAUGUCGAUGAGGUGGCCCGCCUGUUCGAGGAGAAGCCGGAGGCCUUCGAGAAAUGGCUCACGGAGAGGGCUCCUCCCGAGGCACUCAGCCGCCUGCAGGAGUUCAUCGAGAACCGCAAGCCGCACAAGCGACCCUCGGUCACCUCCGAUCUCUUCCAGCAGUGGAUGGCCGCCUCGCCCACCGUGCAGCAGAAAUCGCCGAGGAGUCUGUCGAACUCUUCGGCAUCGUCGCUUCCCGAGAGCCGGAGGCAUCUGAUGGACUUGGACGAGGGCGAGCUGUUCAUGGAGCUGAUUCGCGACGUGGCCAACGAGCUGGACAUCGAUGUGCUGUGCCACAAGAUUCUGGUCAAUGUUGGCCUGCUCACCCACGCGGAUCGCGGCUCACUCUUUUUGGCCAAGGGUACGCCCACCAACAAGUAUCUGGUGGCCAAACUUUUCGAUGUUACACAAAAGACAGCACUCAAGGACGCGGUGACUCGGGCCAGUGCCGAGGAGAUUAUCAUUCCCUUCGGAAUCGGAAUCGCAGGAAUGGUGGCGCAGACAAAGCAGAUGAUUAACAUCAAGGAGGCCUACAAGGAUGCGCGAUUCAACUGCGAAAUCGAUCUGAAGACCGGCUACAAGACGAACGCCAUCCUCUGCAUGCCCAUUUGCAAUUACGAGGGCGACAUUAUAGGCGUGGCGCAAAUUAUCAACAAGACGAAUGGCUGCAUGGAGUUCGACGAGCAUGACGUGGAAAUCUUCCGUCGCUAUCUGACCUUCUGCGGGAUUGGCAUCCAGAAUGCCCAGCUCUUCGAGAUGUCCGUCCAGGAGUACCGGCGCAACCAAAUCCUCCUCAAUCUGGCCCGCAGCAUCUUCGAGGAGCAGAACAACCUUGAGUGCCUUGUCACCAAAAUUAUGACGGAGGCCCGCGAACUCCUCAAGUGCGAACGAUGCUCGGUGUUCCUGGUGGACCUCGACUGUUGUGAGGCGAGCCAUUUGGAGAAGAUAAUUGAGAAGCCCAAUCAACCAGCCACCCGCGCCAUAAAGUCCGCCGACAGUUUCGAGGAGAAGAAAAUGCGCAACCGUUUCACUGUGCUUUUCGAACUUGGUGGGGAAUAUCAGGCUGCCAACGUUUCGAGACCUUCUAUCACCGAAUUGAGCACCUCGACGCUGGCCCAAAUCGCCCAGUUUGUGGCCACCACCGGGCAAACAGUCAACAUUUGCGAUGUCCACGAGUGGGUCAGAGAUCACAACCAGAUUCGGGCCGAGGACGAAAUCGACAGCACCCAGGCCAUCCUCUGCAUGCCAAUCAUGAAUGCCCAAAAGAAGGUCAUUGGCGUGGCCCAACUUAUCAACAAGGCUAAUGGCGUGCCCUUUACCGAAUCGGAUGCCUCCAUUUUCGAGGCCUUUGCCAUCUUCUGCGGCCUGGGCAUUCACAACACCCAGAUGUACGAGAACGCCUGCAAGCUGAUGGCCAAGCAGAAGGUGGCCCUCGAGUGCCUCAGCUACCAUGCCACCGCCAGCCAGGAUCAGACGGAGAAGCUCACCCAGGACGCGAUUGCCGAGGCGGAGUCCUACAAUCUGUACAGCUUCACCUUUACUGACUUUGAACUGGUCGAUGAUGACACUUGUCGCGCAGUGCUGCGAAUGUUUAUGCAGUGCAAUCUGGUCUCGCAGUUUCAGAUACCUUAUGAUGUCCUCUGCCGUUGGGUUUUGAGUGUCAGGAAGAACUAUCGCCCCGUUAAAUAUCACAAUUGGCGGCAUGCUCUUAACGUGGCCCAGACAAUGUUUGCCAUGCUGAAAACUGGCAAGAUGGAGCGUUUUAUGACAGACCUCGAGAUCCUGGGCCUGCUGGUGGCCUGUUUGUGCCAUGACUUGGAUCAUCGUGGCACGAACAAUGCAUUCCAGACCAAAACGGAAUCUCCGCUGGCCAUUUUGUACACUACUAGCACAAUGGAGCACCACCACUUCGAUCAGUGCGUAAUGAUCCUUAACUCUGAGGGAAAUAAUAUUUUUCAGGCCCUGUCACCCGAGGACUAUCGCUCGGUCAUGAAGACCGUGGAAAGCGCCAUCCUGUCCACCGACUUGGCCAUGUAUUUCAAGAAGCGAAAUGCUUUCCUUGAGUUGGUCGAAAAUGGAGAAUUCGAUUGGCAGGGCGAGGAGAAGAAGGAUCUGCUCUGCGGCAUGAUGAUGACUGCCUGCGAUGUGAGUGCCAUUGCCAAACCCUGGGAAGUGCAGCACAAAGUGGCCAAGUUGGUGGCCGAUGAGUUCUUUGACCAAGGAGAUCUGGAAAAGCUGCAGCUCAACACACAACCAGUGGCCAUGAUGGAUAGGGAGCGCAAGGACGAGCUGCCCAAGAUGCAGGUGGGUUUCAUCGACGUGAUCUGCCUGCCACUUUAUAGGGUGCUCUGCGACACCUUCCCCUGGAUCACUCCCCUGUAUGAGGGCACUUUGGAGAACCGUCGCAACUGGCAGGAUCUGGCCGAGAAGGUGGAGAUGGGCCUCACCUGGAUCGAUCACGAUACGAUUGACAAGCCCGUGGAGGAGUUCGCCGCCUGUGCGGAUGAGGAGAUCAAGGACAUCGAGUUCACGGUGACCACUCUCAAUUGCAAUCAGCAAUCGCAGCACGGCAGCGAGGAUAGCCACACCCCGGAGCACCAGCGAAGUGGCUCCAGAUUGAGCAUGAAGAAGACAGGAGCCCUGGGCAAGGCGGUGCGUUCCAAGCUGUCGAAGACCCUCUACAACAGCAUGGAUGGUUCGAAGCCAAAGACCUCCCUAAAACUGCUGGAGUCCCACGUCAGCGAGGAUAUGGACGACAAGAGCCCCACGAGUCCCUCGCAACCGCAGGCAUCCGGCAGCAUGGGCCGCAUGUCCGCCUCGUCCUCCACCUCGUCGGCCGGCGGUCAGAUGGCGGACAAGUCCAAAAAGCGCUCCAAACUGUGCGCGCUGUUAUGACGAAAGCCGUCCAAUUAGAAUAUGAUGACUCCCUCCAGCACGUCGGCCAGUGAGACUGACCACAAGUGCGGAGGGGGGCUGACCGAGUUCUAAUUGGAUAUUUGCGGUUCAAGAAAUUCACUUAAACUUGUUGCUCUACCUGUAUCUACUACAGUAUGACGUACUCCAUUACGAUUAAAUUUAAAUACGAUUCGAAUGAUGAAGCAAUGCUUUGCAACAUUUUAGCAUUUUAGCAAUAACAAGUUUUUUUAUGAGUUAUAGGAAAAUUCGAAAAAAAAGAUGUUUGCUUUAUGGAAAUAGUUUUCAUUUUUUCUGAAAGUCUUCUAUUUUA